UGGGAUGAGCAUGGGAGGGGCGAUGAACAGAGGGGCAUCACUGGGACCGGGACCUUUGGGACUGGCACCUGUAGCGGCAGUCAUGGCACCACAAGGGCACGCGAUGAUACAAAGCAUGGCCGAGAGUGGGAGGGUGCAGCAGCAUAACCUUAUGCAGAUUCAUGCUGCCCAGCAGUCGCAGCAUGUUCAGCAGCAGCAGUUUUCCUUGCAAGGACAAUCACCACAAUACCAGCAACGUGGUGCUUUGAAUGCCCGCACUGGAGCUGGGAACGCUGACGAUAGUCUUGGUGGUAGCAAUGGGAGCUUAUCGAGUAGCGGGGGUCGGUGUAGAGAGCGAGAGGUCGUGGAUGAUAGGAAGUUACAUAGUAAGAGACUCUCUGGAGCUGCAUCCUCACGACAUGUGGAAAGCGUUGGUGGGACGCAGUCGUCUACUGUUUGCAGCGAAGUGGCUUCCUCUCGCAAUCAAGUUGGUACUUCCUUGAAAUUGAUGGCUCCCACAAAUUCUGGUACGGUUUCUAGAGUGAGCGGGCAUUCGGGUUCGGACCGAGCGGGCAACGUGCAGCAUCAGGCGUUGUUGGGGGCGUCGAAGCACGGUAAUGUGAGGUUCAAGGGCACGGCAGGGUCAAAUCCUGCUGGCUCUGCACCAAUGUACCUGGCAACUCAAGGCUUUUUUUCAGAUCAUGUUCCCGCUUCCGGAGGGUCCGUUGGGGAGAAGGUUAUUGGACAAGGGUUGAAUCUAGCGGGACAAAGCACAAUGACAAACCAGGGUGCGAGGCCAGUUUCCGUUGGGCAGCAUACACACGUAAAGGCGAGCCAGAGGCUAUUGGGAUCCCUGCCAGGCGCAACCACCCCCCCAACAGGUUCAGCAGUGAACUUUCAAGCAGUGUUGGCUGCUGCGAUGGCGAAGAAUUUGCAGGGCCCUCAUGCACAUCGGGCAGCUCCAGUGGGUGGGACUGCAAAUGCUAAUGUAAAUGCCGGGAGUAGUUCUAGGAUAAAACCAUCGAUGACAGGUCCUUCAGCAUCAUCGGGUGCGUUUCCUAUGGCCUCGAUCAUUCCACCGUCGGAGAGUUCAGGGUUGAACCCAGCGAAGAGUAAUUCGUCUCAUAAGUCAGAGUUACCUACACUUCAGAAGAUGCAGAGUCAAAUGCAGGGACAGAGCCAAGGGCAAGUUCCUGGUCCCCCGAAGCAUGGGGGUAGUCAGUCUCAGGGCUCGGCACAGACACAGGGACCUCCUCCCCAGAUGCAGCAGCAGCAACAUCUGCAGCUUCAGCAACAACUGCAACAGCAACAGCAACAACAGCCCCCUCAUUCACAGGGUUCCCAAGAUAGCCCUCAACAGUUGCAAGCGUCCCAACAAGCCACACCGCAUCAACAACAGCCUGGUUCGGGUCCUCAGACCUACAAGCCUUCGUCUCAACAUUUGCAGCAGGCGCAGCAGAUGCAGCCACCACAGCAGCAGUUUGCGGGUGGCGGUGGAAACGGUAGCUUGGCAUUGAGCCCUGGGGUGUCAGUGGGCGCAGGAAGCAACAGCAGUGAAGGUGGCGGUGGGCGGAGCAGCACGAAUGCAGAUGCAGGGGGAGGUGGUCCGAACGGGAGGUCAUGUGAGAGUGCGAAGCAAGGCGGGGGUGGGAGCGUGGGAAUGGUGAAUGCGGGAGGUCAGCGGAAUGGUGGGUACGUGCAGCAGUAUGGAGGUGGCGGUGGUGUGUCGUCGGGUGAGCAGCAGUCGGGCAGUGGUGGGAGCGGCGGGCCGUCAGGUUAUAACGAGGGGAAGUCGAAGUCGGGUGCGGCGGGAAGAGAUGGGGGGCAAAAGGCGGUGAAUGAGAUGCGGGUGGCGCAAGGUGCGAUGGCAGGGAGGGGCGCGUCGACGAUGGGAGGCAGCCCCGGGGCGCAGGGUUCGUCGCAGCGAGGGCAGGGGGGUGGGGGAAGUGGGAGUAAAGGGGGGAUGGGACAGGCGAGCAAUUUGGGGGAUGUUGGGCAGUCGCGGACGAGCGGGAUGAUGUCGAGCUCGAUGAGCGGGGGGGGUGGGAGUGGCGGGAGUAUGUCGAACGGGCAGAGCAAGAACAGCAGCAGCGGGAAUGUAGAGAGUGGAGGAGACGGGAGGGGUGGAACGAAUGAGGGUUCGUUACAGCAGGGAGGUGGGAGCGGGAGCCAUGGUGCGGGAGGGGGUGGAGUGGUGGGGAGCAGUCCAAUAGCAGGGAUGGGUGGUCAGGCUCCGACGAGUGUUGUACAGCAGUGAGUCGGUGGAGAAAGUUUUUCUUGCAUGCGUCGCAGUACAGACUACAACAGCGGUGUCGGGUAAAUUUGUUGGUUUCGUUGUCUAGUGCUUGAGGAUUUUGCGACUCCUUUUUUUCUUGUGUAUUGGCUUAUGAGGGCAGCUCUAUGAAGCAACAGGCAGAUGAAACAUUCGCUGAAUUGGAUUCGGGCAUAUACCGAAUGUCUAGAGUUCUGCUCGACAUUUUUAUUUGCCGAGCUCGCCACAUGUGGAGGUUCGAGCUGGAGAUCGACGCAAUUGGUGAGGUUGGGCUGUGUAAUAAUGUAGUUUUAAGGCGUCGAAGUGGAUUAUCUACACAAAUGUGCAGAUUGUUACGGAAGUUGCGUAGAUGUGAUGAUUUAGUAGGAUGGGACUGAUUUGUUAAUACAAAAACGAUGUACAAUUGUGGUGUGUCACACCACUGCAGUGGGCUGGAAUUUCGCACUGGGGUUGCACUUGAAGGAAGCGGACAAUAUAUGGGAACCCUGGUGAAAAUUAUUGGGGUUAGCAUUCUUUUCGAUCAUCGAGAUUUGCAAAGGUGGUUGGUAUUGUAUGUCUGGGUGAGCACAGUCUUGUGAUGCUCGUUUCGCUCUCGGUCGACCUCUGUAAGAAUCUUCAAUCUUGAGGUCGUCAGCCAUGAGUUUCCAAGUUAGCUAGUUUGGAGAUUUUGUAAAUUGUUAAUGUUCUAUAAUGACCAGCAGCUUGUCAUAUUUGAUACUGAA